UAAGGAAGUAAGAACUAGAAAUGGGAAACAACGCCUUGCAAAUGGAAAUACAUACUUUUGAACUUGCAUAUGUAGUACUAUAUUAAUUUUCUUAAUACUUUUUAAAAAGUUAACAAUUCGUUUUUUGGUUUGUGGCAAAAUGUAAUAUUUAAAAUUAGCAAAGGUAGGUAGGUAUAGAUUGAAAACGUAAUUACUAGAAUCGUAACUUGUGUGAUUUUCUAAUUAAUUCAACCCAAAACAUUAUCCUCAAAUCGUACUGACUGACAACUUUUGUGAUUUCCUACAAGUGUCAAAUGCUAACUAGCUGGCUCGAUACAACUCCUAUCCAGAUGACUCUGGUCUCUAUAUUAUAUAUAUGGACUCACAAGAUCUUCUUCUCUAACAAAUCGAUUUGAAUUUUGAUAAUUUAAGUGAGAAGGAAGAUGCGUUCUUUGCAGUUUUGUUGUUUUCUUCUGAUCAUUGGUUGUUUGGUUUCACAGAUUUACGCUUCUUCUGAUGCUGCUGCUGCUAUAUUGUACGACAAGUUCUUCUUUGAGGGUAGUUGGAUCGUCUCUGAGAAGAAAGGAGAUCAUCAUUCUGGAAGCAGAGUUGAUAUCAAGGAGACAAAACAACUAACAAGACAAAAUAAUCUUCGUAAAACAGCGUAUUGCUGCGAGGUAGAUUGGGGCACUUUUGAAUGUUGGGAGUUAGAAUUUCUUUGUCAGAAACGCUGCGAAGAGGUAGAUGAGACAUGUAGGGUGGUGUGAAUGCUAGGUUGACGAGAUGCCAGCAACAAUAAAAGAAUAACGUAGAAUGAACUGUUGUUUUCCUUUUUAUGUAAUAUUAUUAUCUUUAAUUCAAGCUAAUUCCACCCGUUAUGUUAUGUUUAGGGUGUUAGUUGUGUGGUUAAUUGUGUUAGCAGGUUAAUGUUAUGC